AAUCUCCACACCCGAGUCGAAGCGUGACGUCACCCGUCAAUCAUACGACACUCCACCGUUCUAAAAUUCAAUAAUCGGUAAUUUAUUUAUUAACGAUUCCCUCGAUGUCUCUAAAAACUGAGAGGUCCCGCUCCCCAGAUAUCCAUUGAAACCGACAAUGAAAAUUUCAUCGAAAUUACCUCGGCCCAGUGUCUUAUUCCUAAACACAAACUGCUAGGAACGAGGAAAGAGGUUGGUGGAGGUGUUUAUAGUCCCUGAAAACUCCACGUAAACACAGGAAACCCAUAUCAAUUAUCGUUUAGGAAGUUUGAUUCGAUAAAGGACUCGAGAAUGUUUAAGAAAUUCAAGGAUAAACUCGCUGAGGAGAUGAAGCAGUCCCCGGCGAGAUUGCAGGCGAGCAUGCAGCAGUUGGCACAGAAAUAUUAAUUUAGAAGAAAUCAGAAUGAGCAAUUUUACGAAUCCAACACCUCCAAUCCGAUCCCACACAUUGUGGACAAUGGACAAAACAAAUGGUCAAAAUUCAAUUCCAGGCAGUUGUAUCGCCAUCAGUCUCCAACACCUCCAUCCAGAGCCUUUCAGCAUCAAACGACAACUUCUCCCUCACAGAAGAGGGCGACGAGACCCCGAAGAACAGCCCGAGUCACCAGGGUUUCCACUCGGUGGACUUGACGUCCCCCAACUCCCUGGGUGUCUCCAGGCGUUCCUCAAUAUCCUCAAUAACGAGUGCAGAUACAUCCUCCCUGUUUCCAAUCUACGAGGGUGCCCCCAAUACCUACCACCUUCACUCGGACAUGGACCAGUCCGCGAGUGAAGCUGACGAGAACAUCCCUCCAAAUCUGGAACGAGUGACGAAGGAACAGGUGUACAGUGCCUAUAGGAAAGUCCAAGGAAAGUACCACAAGUACAGAGGGAGGUACACAGACCUGGCGACCCACUACAGAGAGAUGGAGAGGGUGAAGAGUAAAUUGGAGAGUCUUCUUGUGGAGACACAGGACAAGGCCUUGAGGAGAAUUGCUGAUCUCAAGGAGCAGUGCCAGCUGGAGCAGCAGGCCAAGGCUCAUUUGGAGGAGGCACUCAGGAAUGAUAUCGAGGAGAAGGAUCAUGUCAUCGGGACGCUGAAUACGAAGGUUAUGCUCUUGCAGGCGACAACAUCUCCCCCCGCUUCAGACCUUCUGGUGGACCUGUCGCCCCCUCCGGAGGAGCCCGCAGCCCCCGACAACAUCGCCCUCAAGACCAAAUUCGAAAAGCUGGAGGCCCUCCUCCACAAAUAUAAAGAGUCACUGAAGAGGUCCAAGGAGAAACUCCAGGAGGUGACAGAGGAGAAGAAUGUCUUGGAGAGGGACUUUGAGGCGUUGAGGACCUCCAACGACGAGAAGUUUCGACUCCUCGAGGACGAUUUAACCAUCUCUAGGGGAGAAAUAACUAGUCUGAGGGAUCAGCUCAACACCAUGAAGGGGAGGGAGGAAGAGUCUGCGAUUUCUCUGGCAGAGAACAAGCUCUCUAUCCAUAGGGAACUUGAUGUGAAAGAGGAGCAGAUCAAGCAGCUGAAUGUGGAGUUGGAAAUAUUGAAAACAAAUAAAAAUGACGGGGUGAAGGAGGUUCAGAGACAAAUGCAGGAGAAGCUGAUAGAGUUGGAGGAGAGAAUGGGGUCCAAACAUCAUGAGGAAGUCGAGAGGAAUAAGAAGUUGGUGGAGAAGAUUGAAACACUCGAGGAAGAGAUUGAUUUUCUGCAGAAGGAAAAGGAGAAGAAUGAAAAGUUGGAAGAGCAGUUGGAGAAGUUGAGGGAGAAGAUUGACUUUUUCCAGAGGGAGAAAGAGCGGAACGAAAAAUUAGAGGAGGAGUUUGACAAGUUGAGAGAGAAAAUUGCUAUUUUGCAGAAAGAGAAUGAAAAACUUCCUGAAUCGAGUGAGAAAACUAAAGAAUUGGCGGAAAAAGUGGAAAUUUUACAGAAAGAGAAUGACCAAAUGAGGGAACGAAAUGACAAUUAUGAAGCUGAAUUGUCAAGAGCUAAAGAACACAUCGAAAAAAUUUCAAGGACAGAGGAAAAAUCUUCCAAAGAUGAGUUGAUUCAGACGUUGAACUCUAAAAUUCAGAUCUAUGCUGCAGCUGUCCAGAAGGCAAAGGAAAAAAUAGACUCUCAGAACUCAAAGAUCAAGGAAUUGUCUGAAGAUUCAAGCAGAGAGGAACUGGAGGAGAAACAUUUAGAGAUCCUGGGGAUCAAGAGUGAGUUGAAGUCUUGUAAAUCCACUGUUGGCGACCUCAAGGAACAGGUGAAGAGGACCUCAGAGGAGGCUGAACAGCUGAGGAGAGAGAGAAACUGCUUGAUUGCGAAUAUUUUGGAUUAUAGGAGGAGAAUUCAAGGGUUCAGGGAAUGCUGCGAGGGGAUCAAGGAGGAGGCGAAGAACCUCCGGUUCAGAGAGGACAUUGUGGAAGUGGAGAAGGUUCUGAAAGAGAAAAUCAACGGAUUGAGGAGUUUCGAGGGCAUUUCUGAAAAGAGGGAGGAAGACUUGUCGCUAGAAAUUGAGGAAUUGAAAAGAAAGGUUGAGGAGUUUGAGGAGAUUUCAAAGAAAAAUGAGGAAUUGUCGGCGGAUAUUCAGCAAAAAUCUCUGGAGAUCGGAGAACUGCGGGGGAAAAUUGAGACUUACGAGGAAAUUGUCCACAAAAAUGAGGACUUAUCCAACGAAGUUCGUCAGAAAUAUUUAGAAAUUGAAGAGUUAGGUAGCAAAGUUACGAAAUUCGAUGAGAUUGUCCAUAAAAAUGAAGAAUUAUCUAAUGAAAUUCGUGAGAAAGCUUCAGACAUUGACGAAAUGGCAGCAAAAUUAACGAGUUUGAGCGAAGUUCAGAUUCAAAACGAGCAAUUAAAUUCGGAAAUUCACCAAAAAUCUUCGAAAAUCGAAGAACUAACCACAAAAAUCAUCGACAUGGAAGAAAUAAUCUCGAAAAAUCAAGAGUUAUCCAACGAGGUACAUCAAAAAGCCUCAGAAAUCCACGAAUUAACCUCGAGAAUCCAAAAACUAGACUUAGAAAUCAGCGAGAAGGACCUCCAGAUCUCUCAGAUGCUCGAAAAAGUGCAAAAUGUUGACGCAACCACGAGUAAGAACCAGAAACUCAUCGCAGAGAUCGACAACCUCAAUUUCAAGAUCUUCGAUCUCUCAAAAUUGAAACAACAACUCUCUGAACUUACAGAACAAUCCAAAACUCUAGAACUAGAAAACCAAAAACUGAAGGACGAAGUGUUGAGGGGAAAAAGUCAAACCGAGGAACUAGAAAUAUUGAGGUCAGAAAUUUCCAACAACGAGGGAAUACUCAGGGAAAAAACAUCAACCCUAGAAGAUCUACAGCAAAAAAAUUUAUCUCACCUAGAGGAGUUAUCGGCUCUCAAAAUUCAAGUGGAAAAUUCCGAGGAGAUGUUCACAAAGUCCCAAGAGGAGUGCAAUCAUCUCAAGAGCGAAAUUUCCGAUAGCCAAAGGCUUCUGGAGUCAUCCCAGCAUAAAAUCGAGCAGCUGGAGGAGAACAUCAGAAUAAAAACCGAGGAAUUGUCCUUAAUCUCUGCCUCGAGUUCUGAGAACUUGAAAACAGAGCAAGAGAACCACAAUAAAGCCCAAGAGAACUUGAAGGAAAUGGAGGGUAAUUUAUCGGCAGUAGUUUCUGAUUUAAAGGAAUGCAAAAAUGUCCUCCAUGAGACCCAACUGACUCUCCAGCAGCUCCAGGAAGAACAUUCGAAGGUCCUUGCAGAGAAGUCAUCCCUGAACGACACCAUAACCUCAAAAAUGGAAUUGAUAGAAAAGUUGAAAAACCUCAAGAACAAACAGACGAAAGCCAUCCAGGAUUUGGAGGCCAAGAACGAAGCCUUGAGGGUUAGCUCCAGUAUCUCCAAGAGCAAACAGGAAGAAUUCCUGGAGCUCCAACAAAAGCUCACCCUCUUAUCCUCCGAGAAAUCUGAACUAUUAUCAAAGCUCUCGACUCUCGAGUCCUCGAUGUCAGAAAUGGAAAAUCAACGUGAAGAGCUUUUGGAUCUGACUGAAAAAUUCCAAAACCUCCAGUCAGAGUCCAGUGACUAUCAGCAGGAGAUAAAGUCGCUGAAGGACAUCCAGAACGAUCUCCAGAAAAAAGCGGAAGAUCAAAAGCUUCAGGUGGAGAAGUUAGAAGAGCUGAAUACAAUUCUUCAGUCAGAGAUAUCGAGUUUGAAAAAUGAUCUCCAGGAGCAAUUGGCUACGUCCAGGUUAUCUUUAGAAGAAAAAGAUAGAUUUUACAACGAGAAGAUGCAGGAACUUGAGCGAGAAAGGACGAAAAUUCAGAAUGAGAAUGAAUUACUGCUUGAAGAGAAAUCUAAAGAAUUAAUUGGGAGGGAAAAUGAAAUAAAAGAACUCCAGGAGAAAGAGUCCUGGACGAGUCAAUUGUUGGAGGAAUUGCGGAAGAGAUCGGAGAGGCUAGAGGCAAUUGAAAAAUGUGACGGAAUGACUUUGGGACCGUCGUCAACGACAAUGAGAAGUGAAGAAGAGAGGAUCGAAGGCGAGAGACUUCACAAGCUGAUCGAGGAACUUCAGGGACAACUGCAGGGCAUGGAGUCCAAGCUAAUUACAUCCCAGGCCAAGGAGUCACAGCUGGAGAUACUCAACGAAGAGCUGAGGAAGGAAAUGGAGGGCUUGAAGGGCAUUAUGCAGACUUCUGAGGAGGAAAAUGGGGUGAGGAUGGCACAACUGGUAAAAGAAUUUCAGGCACAGCUCCAAGACAAGGAUGGGGAGAUCCAGGCAGCCCUCGACAAGAAUUUCGAGAGACAGCAGGGGUAUGAAUCGGAUCUGGUGCAGCAGUACAAAGAGCAGCUCAAAGAUUUCCAGGUGGAACUCACUGCCAAGAGCCAGGAGAUUGAGACCCUCAGGGGCAAGGAAAAGGAGGUCCAAAGGCUUGUGGACACCAUCAGUAAUAUCAAGAAGGAGCAUGCCAUUGAAGUCAAGGACGUGGAGAGGAAGUGGAGGAGUGUCAAAGCCAAGAGUGAUCAACUGGAGGGCAUGGAGAAAGAGUGGCAGAAGGAUAAAUUUAAUGAGGAUAAGGUAGACGAGAAGGAAGAGGAACUAGAAAAUAUGUCCAGAGUAGCUAUGGCUGCUGUCCAAUCCAACACAGGAUCGUUCCACUCUCUCCAGCAGACCCUGAUCUCCCAGAGACGAGAGUUGGCUGAACUCCGAAAAAUAGUGAAGCUCAGGCACGACGCACUUGAGGACUCAACGGAGAUCGAAUAUCUCAGGAACAUUCUGUACGAGUACAUGAUGGGACGAGAGACCCUCGUCCUUGCUCGAGUGAUAGCUGCGGUGGUGAAGUUCGAUCAGGAUCAGACGAACAAAAUUCUGAAAAAGGAGGAGGACAAGCUGACGCUUUUGGGAUCGCUGGGACUCUCCUAAGGGUUUAAGAUCCUUCGAGGAUGGGUAUUCGGUGACGACCAUUGAUAUCAAACUGCCAGAGCGCAAAGGGUGGUCUGGAGAACAAAACAACGAUCAAAUAAGACGAUUCUGAACAAUUCAUGAGUUCUGUUUUGAAUUCUCUCUGGCUUGAGAUUCACAAAAAAAAGACAGAAAUCGAGGACUUAUCCCUAGAAGGCGAAAAGCUAACCUUAGAAAACAGGAGCAAUCUUCAGAUUCUCCAGGUGCUCCAAAAAAGCUCAGAACAAGUAAAAAUGCAAAUGUUAUGUAAAAGGAAUUCAGAAGAGGAGAAUGGCGAUCAAACUGCUGGAGGUGGAGGAAAUAAUAUCAGGACUAGAAGAGCUUCAGCAAAAAUAUUAUCAAAUCAACUCGAAGAAUUAAUAGACCUCAAACUUCAAGUGAAUAGCACUGAGAUUUUCCAAAAAAAUGUCGGAACAAGAUUUAUCCUUAAAAUUGGAAAACCUUACCUAAAGAGUUUAGAAAAAUUCAGAGGUUCCGGGGAAUCCAGAACAGUUCUGUGCAUGUCAAAAUUCCAUUAAAAUGGUGUGACGGAACCUCAGGAACUUCCACGGAUCCACCGUCUCCUCGACUUUUCCAAAAAAUCCAGCGGUUUAAGAAAUAUUCACGGAAAAAUUCAUAUUCUUUUCUGAAUUCUCUCUUCAUUCCUAAAUUAACGAAUUAAUAGACUAAAGGCCGGGAUUUAGUUAGUGAAUGAUCGAUCUAUAUCUCCAGUGAUGCAAUUAUCUUAACAAUCGUCUAAUUCAGUGAUUAUGUUAUGAAUCUAUGUUGAAUGUUUGUGUAAAUACUGCAAGAUUGUUUUUUUUAAGAGGAAUUUAUUGUGCUCUUGCUUUUAAUUAUUGCAAAACAGAAGGGGAAACAAUAUUCUGCCGGAUAGAAUAAGGAGGAAACAAUCCAUAAUUAACCUAUUCUUCUUAUUUUAACCGGCCAACGAUGAAUUUUCUAGUGAAGUAGGAAAAAUAAUAGUGUAAUUAUCACUUCGCUGGUCCCCAUAUCCUAAAACCCUAGCAGAAAAAUCUAAAAACACUGUAAAUAUGUAAACCUGUAAUUGUACAACAAUUUUAAUUAAAAAAUCAAAAGCCUUACAACGACAA